UCAUCUCUCAGACCUUAACCUCAAUUCUUCAAUAUCAAAAGAAGACUCUCCAAAAGAAGCUAAUUUUCAGCUGUGGGUUAGAGAAGCCAACCAAGAACUUUCACCAAUCCAGAGUGGAUAUCAUUCAUCAGAUGGAGGAACUAUCCUCACAGGAUACAACACAGAAUAUAUCAAGAAGACUCCAAGGGCUAGACAAAGAAGAGCUUUGUAAACACCUAGCAAGAAGAAAUGGAAAUCCUCUCCCAUUACUCUCAGAAAGCUAAGUUUGAGAGGAAAGAAAUCUACCUCGAAUCCCCUAAAAGAUCUCAUAAUGUUGAAAUGACAAAGAAACAAUCCAGUUUUGCUCCUAUAAAAGUCUCUAAACCUCCAAAUGAUCAAGAGAUCAACAGUAAUAACUCUUCAUAUCCUAACAGUAUUCCUAAAACUCCUAAUAACAAUGAAAUAGCAGAACAUCGAGGUAGGAAUACCAUCAUCGAUAAAAGACUUUUGCUUAAAAAUAAAUUGUUCAGUCCUGCCUCAAAUAGCCAAGAAGCUUCAAACUCUAAGUCUUUCAAGCGAAGUUCAACCACGAGGAUCCCUAAGAAAGAUAUUAAAGAUGUAAAAGCAUUCUAUCUAGACGGGUCUUCUGAUGAAGAGCUACCUACACCUGGCAGCCAAAAGAAACUUAAAAUGAGCAAGAAGCAGAUUGUAGAAGAGUCAGAACUUAUCCAAACUCUUCGUAAAAAUUGGGACUGGAUCUAUACAAAUAUUGUUGUCAAGAAAAGGCGUGAAAUAAUUCUCAGAGACAAUUGUAACAAUAUUCAUUAUGAUAUCAAGGACAAGAAGAAACUUCUUACUCCUCCAGAGUUUUAUCUUGAUCUUUCAAAAUUAGAGAAGGUUAUGAUGAACCAUCAAGAAGAACUUCCAACCAGCCUAGCUGAUAUUAGCAAGAAAGAUAUCAGAGAAUUCUUCUACCUUAGAUGAAAUGUCAAGCGAGGGCUAGUCCAUCUAGCUUCGUGAGCUAAAAUAUUCAACUGUGAGAUCACUGAUUUAAUUCAAAAACAAAAGCCGUACAUGAACAAACUUUUGAAGAACCCCAGAAAGCAGUUGAAGAAAAUGAUCCAAAAGAAAGUUAUGAGGGAAUUUGCUCCGAAGAAAGACCUUCUUUUUCUUGAGCAGGGUAUACGAAUGACUCAAAAUCUUAACAAUAGAGUAAAUAUCAAGCCUCAAAUCUUGAAGCAGUUAGAUUCUUUAUUUGACAAAAGUUCAUCAAUAACUCAUUCAGAGUCUGAUUCUUCCGGAAAUAUUUCCAAUUUCUCAAAUAAACUGCAAAGAGCGAAUAUCCUAGACUUUAUUAGAGCUGUGAGGAUGCUCAGAGAGGACUAUAUUCAAGCUUUUCACAGAUGUUCAAAGCUCUCGCGGCAAUCAAACUAUAAAAUGAAAAUUUCAGGCUUUACAAAGUUCUGAGGAGCCAUUCUUGACUUAGAGAUCGAUGAGAAAAACAUAAAUUAUAUCUUCCUGACCAUCGAUAAGGACAAGAAUGGCUAUAUUGAUGAAGACGAAUUCAUAGAUAUCAUCGAAAACAUCAAACCAAACGGCGAUAUCAAGAACAAAAAAGCACUGGUUCAGCUCAUCAUAGAUCAGAUCUACCAAGAACUAAUUAGUAGCAAUAAUCUGCGUAUUAAAAUUCUCAAGAAAUCCCUUGAUUCUGAAGGAUUCAUAAAAGUUUCAGAGUUAAUAUAGCAUUUCUUAACAAAUACAAUAUCCUGCUCAGUGAUGAAGAAAUUGAGCUGAUUUUUCAUGUCGAAGGCAAACUCUCCAAGCAUAAGGAAAGAAUGGUCGGCUUCAGAAAACUACUCGAGGAUUGCAUCUCACGCAGCAACUCAGUGAUAAGCUUCAAAAUUAAUGCUCCCAGACGAAGUUCUGUAUUUGAAAAGAGUUUGAAAGAUGUCCCACUCAUCCAAGAAAUGAUACCAGCUGAUGACAGCCUUGCUACGUCUUAUUACACCUCAGACAAAGAUAGGGAGACUUCAGAAGGUUUGAAAGAAUUGAAGGAUGAUCCCCUUGAAUUGAUUCAAGAGAUGAGGAAAAAUAUUGGCAAACCUCAAAUAGAAGUAAUUCAAGAAAAGAUUAACCUUGUAAAACAACUGCAAUCUCAACAGAUUAUUAAGAAAUCUGAUCUUCCAAUUCUCAAAGUGACGAGUUUUCAAAAGAAGAUUUAUCAUCUAAAUGAAAAAUCAGAAGAGGCUGGAAAUGGAUCAAGAGUUGAAAAGGAUGCAGACUUUCAAUUUCAAAAAGAUAAUAAACUUAAGGCUCUUUACAAGAACAGAAAAUUUUUUUCGCCAAAUUACAAAUUUGAUGAAAUUGCUCAAGACAACAAUACUAAGGCAUCCAGCCAGAAUUUCAAGUGAGAGGGUUUUAUAUAUUCAAAUAUCAACCCAAGCUCUGAAAAUAGAAAGACAACCUCGCCUUUAAAGCCUAGAAAAUUCUCAAUCUUCAACCAAACUUCACCCAAAUUCCUCCAAAAAUCAUGAUACUUUCCAAAUAAACAAAUUCCAAUGCUCUCAAAAUGACCUCUCUCAAGGUACAAAUCCCUUAUCCCUUCACUUGCUUGGCCAAAUUCAAACCUUCCAUUUAAACCCAAUUUCACUGAACUUAGCAAACAAGGACAAAGAUAUUCUCCUAAAAUACAUUAAAAAUCAAGAAGAAUUGACCAAGAUCUUCACUGAGCCUGCUAGUAAAGACCAAAACUCUUCAGAGGAUCCUCAAAAGGUUGAUAUACAAGAUUAUUGUAAGAGAAGAGGUAGUCAGCCAGUUUGAUCUGGAGACUGAUUAUUAGUGUACCUUACUUGUGGAGAGUUGGAAAAAGAAAGGAUUGUGAACUGAUUCUGAAA